CUCUCAUUUAAUUUCACACUUUUUUGCUGCCCGCCCACCUUCCCUUCUCCCUCUUUCUAGGAAGAAAGAAAAAAAACAGAGGAGCAGGGUUUUAGUAGGGUUUUAGCAGCCGACCGCCAUGAAAGGUUUCCAGAUCUUCAACAGAGCCUCCACGGCCAUUACUAAUCGCGCUACACCGUCCAAGCUUCUGAUUGUCCUCACCUUCGGCGCCGCCGGCGGAGCCUUUUUGGCGAUUUCAGACGACUCGCCGUUCCGGAGCUUGACCGCCGGCGAGUCCGGGAACGACGGCGGGAAGAAGAAGAAGCUGGUGGUGUUGGGAACAGGAUGGGGAGGCACUACUUUCCUCAAGAAUCUCAAGACUUCCGCCUACGACGUUCACGUCGUCUCGCCUCACAAUUACUUCACCUUCACUCCUCUCUUGCCCAGCGUCACCAAUGGCACCGUCGAAGCUCGCAGCAUAGUCGAACCCAUCCGGAACAUCGUCCGCAAUAAACCAUACAAUGUGGAAUUCAAGGAAGCAGAGUGCUACAGGAUCGACCCUGUGAACAAGAAAGUAUACUGCCGUUCCAUUCAGAAUCUGGGUCAUGGAGAGAAUGAAUUCGCAUUGGAUUACGAUGUGUUGGUCAUAGCCAUGGGAGCUCGAGUUAACACCUUCAACACCCCUGGUGUUGAAGAACACGCCCAUUUCCUCAAGGAAGUUGACGAUGCCCAGAAGCUUAGAAGGUCCAUAAUCGACUGUUACGAGAGAGCCAGCCUUCCGACCAUUAGCGACGAAGAGAAGAAGCGAAUUAUGCAUUUUGUGGUCGUCGGUGGAGGUCCAACUGGAGUCGAGUAUGCUGCAGAGCUCCAUGAUUUUGCCUCUCAAGACUUGGCCAGUCUGUACCCAUCUCUGAAAGAUUAUCUGAAGAUCACAUUGCUCGAAGCAGGAAACCACAUUUUGCCCAUGUUUCACAAGAAAGUUACAGAUUUUGCGAACGAGAAGUUCCAGAAGGAUCAGAUCGAUGUGAAGACGGGAUCAAUGGUGGUGAAGGUUUCCGACAAGGAUAUCUCCACCAAGAACAGAGCCACAGGCCAAAUCGAGGCCAUCCCCUAUGGAGUCGUUCUCUGGUCGACUGGAAUCGCCACUCGCCCUGUGAUUGCAGAGUUCAUGGAGAAGAUUGGGCAGGCUGGUAAGCGUGUCAUGGCAACCGAUGAAUGGCUCAAGGUACAAGGAUGUGAUGACGUGUAUGCUCUCGGCGAUUGCGCCUCCAUAGCUCAACGAAAAGCCCUGGAAGAUGCUGCGGCUAUAAUGAAGACUGUGGACAAGAACAAUGCCGGUGCUGUAGAUGUCGGGGACUUCAAGGAAUUCGUGAAAGACAUCUACGAGAGGUAUCCACAGGUCAGGAAGUACUUGGAGAAGAACAAGCUGAAGAACUUUGAAUCUCUGUUGAGGAAUGCUCAGGGGGAUUCCCAGAAGAAGAUAGACAUUGAAGCUCUUAAGAAGGCCUUAUCUGAAGUCGAUUCUCAAGUGUCGUUUCUCCCACCAACUGCCCAGGUGGCGUCUCAGCAAGGGAAAUAUCUGGCAGCUUGUUUCAACAAAGCUGGGCGCUGCGAGAUGAAACCUGAAGGCCCUUUCAGGUUUCAGGAAAGUGGUGGGCGUUACCCUUUCCAUCCUUUCAGUUACAAGCAUUCUGGGCAAUUUGCUCCACUGGGAGGUGAACAAGCUGCUGUGCAGUUUCCUGGAGAUUGGGUUUCCAUUGGCCAUGCCAGUCAGGGUCUCUGGUAUACAGUUUAUGCAAGCAAGCUUGUGACAUGGCGAACAAAGGUGCUGGUUGUAUCGGACUGGUUCAGGAGAUUCACAUUUGGGAGGGAUUCAAGUCACCUUUGAAGCUGCCACAGGGUUGGUCAAACUGUUUGAGCGUAUACACAACAAUGUUUUCUAGGGAUAACCAAACGACCUUUGUUCUGCAGUUUUAUUUUGCAUCCCUUUAGCAGAAGUGAUUUCUCUGCUCGGUUGCCAAGUUUUGAUGAUUUUCCUUCUUUUUGUCGGUAUGAGUUGUGAUCAC